GAACAACGUGUAGGCGAAGUUAAGAUGAAACUGCAUAUAUAACAGCCAUAGCUGAAGCAAUGAAUCAUGUAGCUUGUGUUGGUUGUGGUUGAUUCGUGCUAAGUGCGAAUCAUGGAGGGCAUCCAAUUGGUUUCGAUAGUAGCGAAAGGUGUGGGAAUUGCGUUGGCUGAGUUUAUAAAAGCCAUAGAAGAAGCAAUGAAGAACAAUCCCUCCAUGUUCAAGAAGAGGAAAAGCUUCGACUUGGUGACCCUGGAAUUCACCCUAAAGUCGAUAGAACCUGCGAUCAGAGAGAUGGAACGUCUCAACCAGAAGAUGCGACGCUCAAAGGAGGAGCUGGAAUCACUGAUAACCAAGAUGGAAGAGGGAACCAAGCUUUUGAAGGAGUCUUCCAAUGUCCGCUGGACUUCCAAAUCUCGUUACAUGGCUCAACUGCACGAAUUUGAUGAAUCCUUUCGUAAGCUUCUCGACACCAUCUUAAAAGUUCAGACUGCAAGAGAUCAAAAGGAGAUGCUCCACUUGGAGCAUCAAAAAGGUUUCCGGAGGUGGCUCAUGAGGUGGUUCAUGUGUUUUGGCAGCAAAUGAGGGGAUGGAUGAAAGAAAGACAUGUUUUACACAUUUGAAAACUUCUUAAUUCUAAAUUCAGGAUAAAAUAGAAAUUAAAUAUAAAAUUAAAGAUUUGAGAUAUCUGAUUUUUAAUGUUUUCUUUUUGCUAUAUGUUGCAUUGUAGCGUUGAUCAUAAAUUCUUGGUUUCACGUAUUCUUAUUUUUGUGAUAUUUGUAUAAAAGAAAUAUCCUUGUCCACAUAUAUUGGUCGUGCUUGUGGUUGAGCAAGACCGUUUUCCUUGCCCCGUUGACUUGACUAUAACAAUAAGAGAGAGGUUGUACUGCAUUAACUUCAUUCCAGUGUGUGUCUAAAAGGUAGUGAAGUUUUUUCCUGAUUGUUGAGAGAAGACCGUGUAAAUUAUUCUCAAACAUAUAAUAGAAAAUUAUUAUAAGAUUUUAAGAUUCAUUAUUCUCGUAUG